GUGUUACUGUUGCUCUGUCUGUGAGCUGCUCUCAGGGCUAGACGAUAGCGAGAAGUGUUACUAGUCAGUGAAAUGUUUUUAGUUGAAACGUCUUUAGUAGUUGAGUGACAUGAAGAAGAGGUUUAACAUUGACCUGGACGAUUCUGCUUUCACCAAAGAAAGAACACCGCCAAAGCCGCGGUUUCUGUCUUCAUCCAAAGCGGGACAAACCACAUCAGCCUCAUCUGCAUCCUCAGCAGCAGGGUCAGUGGACCAGCUCCUGUCUUAUGCAGAAUACGUCGUCCAGAGUAAAAGCAAUGUGGCUGCUGCUCCUCAGAGAGAGGCUGCCCUCAAACUCCCCAGGACUGAAGGUGAUGGAGUUACCAGUCUGAAACAAACUGAAUGUGGUUCAGUAUCGUCUGCCACCGGAAGAUGUGCAACAGUUCAGGACUGCGCUAAGGGGAAUGAAGGUGGAUCUGAAGGGGUUCAGAAGAAAGAGGAGGAACGGGUGGCUGGCACAGACCAAGAAGAGGCUAACUGUCAAAGGUCAGAUGCAAGACCGUGCCUGGGUCCUAAAACGGUGGGGUCAGGGAGCAGCAUUGUUGUCAGUCCUCGACAGAGGGGAAAUCCCAUUCUGAAGUUUGUGAGGAGUGUCCCAUGGGAAUUUGGAGAUGUUGUACCAGACUAUGUGUUGGGACAGACAACGUGUGCUCUCUUCCUCAGUCUGAGGUAUCACAACCUCAACCCAAAUUAUAUCCACGACCGUUUGAAGCAGCUUGGACAGACUUUCACUCUGCGAGUGUUACUUGUUCAGGUAGAUGUGAAAGAUCCUCAUCAUGCAUUGAAGGAGCUGGCUCGCAUCUGCAUCAUGGCUGACUGCACACUCAUCUUGGCUUGGAGUCCAGAGGAAGCAGGGCGUUACCUAGAAACUUAUAAGUCGUAUGAAAAGAAACCCGCAGACCUACUGAAGGAGCAAGUUGAAAAAAACUAUCUGUCAAAGGUUACAGACUGUCUAACCACAGUAAAGUCUAUAAACAAGACUGAUGCCAUUACCUUGCUGUCCACUUUCUCGUCUAUAGAGGGAAUCAUCAGUGCAUCUAAGGAGGACCUGGUUCUCUGUCCAGGGCUUGGACCACAAAAAGCGAGACGACUCUACGAUGUUCUGCACAAGCCCUUCCUCAAGUCGAAAACAGAAGACAACUGAAACAUCUGACCAAUGAUGUGUGACAUGCCUCUGAAAAGAACUUGAACAGACACACACAAGGACUAUACUACAAACAUUCUUUCUAUACUGAGUCAAAGAAAGAAAUGUGUAACAUGUGACAGCUCUCAGACUGAGAAUCAGCUGGUAUUGUUUUAAGGAUUUAAGACGUGGACUUUUCAAGUGUUUGAGCUGUACACUGAUGAGAUUUUUUUUUUGAGUUAUGGAGUGAUAUCAUUUGUUUA